AUGGCUGUGAAAGACGUCCUCAUCCUCGGCGCAGGCCCGUGUGGUCUUGCAACAGCAAUCGCUCUAUCUAGGGCUAGCUCAGCACUAUCCAGCAACGCCCAGCCACUUCGAAUCACUCUCGUCGAGCUGCGCUCCAGUUUACAGACAAUCGGAGGCGCAGUGAACGUGACACCUCUAGCCAUGCGCUACUUGAACUCUCUGGGCGCAGAGGGGAAGUUGCAUGACCACUCGAUCUCUCUGGACCAUGGCAUCGAUUAUAUCUCGCUGCGCACUGGUCAGCUGCUGGGUAACUUCUGGGGCGGGAUCGGGGCUCGACGAGUCUCCAGGCACGCUCUUGUGGAGGCUCUUCUUGCAGUCCUACAAAAGGAGCACUCAGAAGCGGUCGAGAUCCAAUGGGGGAGGCGCGUGACUGAGAUAUGCGAAACAGCGGACAAGGUUGAGUUGAAGUUCCAGGACGACGGGCCCACAUUGCAAGGCGAUAUCCUGCUUGGAUGCGACGGGCUUCAUUCGGCAGCGCGGCGGCUGUGGGUUGAACCAGAGCGCGAGAAGGUCUACAGUGGCCGCGUGGUUACCAUGGGGUGGAAUUACGCCGAUGGUGAAGGCGACUCGAAUCUACCUCAGCCAAUGACACUCUCGACGGGUGAGCCAGCGCUGGUCGACACUUCACUUUUCAGUGGUCCUUCGGGGGUAAUCUUGGCUUCGUAUUACGAAUCAAGCAGGAGAAAUGUUUACCUUAGCUGUGUAAUGUCUCGGGACGAGCCGGAAACCGCUGACCAAAACGCCUGGAAAAUGCUGGGAGACGACAAAGAGGCGAUGAGAAAUGAAAUUUUGAAGCUCUAUCAAGACACAAAGGUCCAGGGGCUGGAUGCAAUGAUUUCCAAAUGCGAGAGUUGGGACUUGUUCCCCAUUUAUAUCUUGCCCAAGGAGGGUCGUUGGCAUAAGGGCCGCGUUCUUUUACUUGGAGACGCUGCGCAUGCGAUGCCGCCACAAGGGGAAAGCACUGAAUUUGCCAUCGAAGACGGCUUGCUCAUUGCAAAAGUCCUAGAAAGGCGUGCUUCUAGACCCGUUGACCAAUUGUUUGCCGACUAUGAGUCUGUACGCAAACCCGUCAUCACUAAGCACUACGAGCAUGCCGUUUGGUCGAUGGACAUGGGCUUCAAGAAAAGGGAAGGGAUUGGCCUGGUCAUUAUGGAAUGGGUGACAUGGAUCUUUUUGCUAUUUCGGCGAUGGGGACAGAAAGCGCGAUAUUCCGGGGAUGUGAGAGAGACGAUCUUACCUGAAUAG